AUGUCUCUCCCAACACCCCCACUCCCCUCUCACCCCUUUAACCUCAUCCAUGUCUCUCCAACACCCCACUCCACACUCACCCCUUUUAACCUCCUCCAUGUCUCUCCCAACACCCCACUCCCCUCUCACCCCUUUAACCUCCUCCAUGUCUCUCCCAACACCCCCACUCCCCACUCCCCUCUCACCCCUUUAACCUCCUCCAUGUCUCUCCCAACACCCCACUCCCCACUCACCCCUUUAACCUCCUCCAUGUCUCUCCCAACACCCCACUCCCCCUCUCACCCCUUUAACCUCCUCCAUGUCUCUCCCAACACCCCACUCCCCUCUCACCCCUUUAACCUCCUCCAUGUCUCUCCCAACACCCCACUCUCCACUCACCCCUUUAACCUCCUCCAUGUCUCUCCCAACACCCCACUCCCCUCUCACCCCUUUAACCUCCUCCAUGUCUCUCCCAACACCCCACUCUCCACUCACCCCUUCCUGCCCCACCUGACCCCCUGA